AGCUCCGGGUAAGAUGAAACUGAUAAAAAUUGAUUUCGAUCAAGAGGAAGCACAUAUCACCAGGACACCUACAUCUGUGUUUAGCUGGAUGCAGGUGAACAAUGGCUCUGUAGUGCAGACUGUAGCACCACAAGAUGAAGUAAACAUAGCCAGAGAAGCUACGUAUGAGUUCAGAUGGAACAGAGCAGCUAAAGUGUCUGCAACAUUAACAGCAAAAACUAAAAUUCCGUUAGUUGGUAAAACAGGAAUCAAUAUGAGUGCUGAAAUGUCCGUUAGUAUGGGAAGUACUGCAGGAACUACCAAGUGCAAAGCUGAGGAAUGGGUUCCUGGUUAUCCGUCAAAAAUAAAACCAAGUACUAGAGUUACGGUUACAUCGACAUUAACCCAAGGAAAUAUCAGCAUUCCAUUUACCGCUCUAUUGUGUGACGAAAACAACGCAGAACUCACAAUGAUAGAAAAGGGAGUGUUCUAUGGACGUCAUUACUUUGAUUUUCAUAGUGAAUCCAAAGACACAAAGAUACCAACACCAAAGUCAAAAUAAACAUGAAGCCUCUUCUGUGCUUUUGCAGUGCUAUUUUGAUACCAAACUAUCGUUUCUGAUAGUUUUUGAAGAUUCUCUCUGAUUUUGUACUUUUUUCUUUUCUAUCUAUGUAGAACAUAACAAGCAGUUCGAAAUGUAAGUGUAGAUGUGUGUUUCAUUGUAUCCUAAUUGUGCUUUUCUCCUACA